AUGGCUCGUGGACCGUGGUCGACUUCAGACUGUGGUUCAGGAGGAGACAGCGCCGAAUUGCCGCGUGCGGUGUCCAAGAAGGCUCCAUCAAUCAAGGCCAAACACCUUGUCUCUCUUGAUUUCGCGCCCGUCUCUAGGUCCUCCUACUUGCUUGACGAACUCCACCUGGUGAAACCGGAAAUGGUCGAUACCUCGAUCUCGGUGCCUGAGAGGAGCAGGAAUACGGCGAAUGCCAUCACCUCGGCCGAUGGCGCAUUAGCCGCUAAGCCUCUUUGGGCGUGCAGCACAGGCGCCAUAGUGGGUCACGCACCUGGCCAAUCAAUGGCUGAUGACGCCAGCGAGGGCCGUUCUAAUUGCGUCCACGUCUCGAAUCGUCUGGGGUGCUCUGGCUCUGGCUAUCUCCAGGGUCACCGUCCAUGGGGACUCUCUAUUGCACAGAUGGAUGCUCAGCGGCAACAGCCACCAACUCUCGAGUUGCGGGUGAUGAUGCGAUUGCUGACUCGUGUUGCCUCCAUAGCGGAGAUUUUGGGUCUGGACUCACGGUCCUCGAGCGGCAGGACUGUGGCUGGGCGGGUGUUUGAACCGCUGAACGGUGCAGACUGCAUUCUCGGGCAUACAGAAGUCUGCGAUGGCGGUGAGACCGGAUGCCACUGA